AUGGCGGAUGACCCUGGUGGUGGGGAGCCAUCACGGUUGUUCGGAUCUAGAUUUGGCCAACUAGCAGAUAUCGUUGACUAUGAAACAAAGAAACGACCUUCGACAGGAACGACGCCGAAACAGAAGAAACGCGGAAUUUCCAGAGAUUUAAUUCAGGAAAAACAGUUUUCCAAGGAAGCGCGUAUAGAAGGGAACAAUGGACCGCGUUACUUGAUUCUGACUCGUACAGAUAACGGGGAGACAAUGGAAAAGGUGUCGCCAUUCUUCAUCAAGAAAGCAAUGGAUAGCAUUUCUCUUAAUGUCACAAUCAGUCGGAUGCGAGACGGAAAAUUGUUACUGAAAUCGAUCGACAGACAACAGGCGCAAAAAUUGUUGAAACAAACAAUGUUGGGAGGAAAAUAUGGCAUUAAAGUUGAGGAACACCCAACCCUCAAUUUGACCAAGGGCGUAAUCAAUUGUCGGGAAUUUAUGUUUCUCAAGGACGAAGAAAUCUUGGAAGAACUAAAGACCGAACACGUAAUUAGCAUCAGACGAUUCUCGGAUCGAAUCAAGGACGGAAAAACGAUACGAUCAUCCACGUUCGUAUUAACGUUCAACCUUGGAAAUUUACCUUCAUCGAUCAACGUCGGUUUCUACAACUGUAAAGUGAAACAGUAUGUUCCAUCUCCUUUGAGAUGUUUUAAAUGCCUACACUAUGGACACGACAAAGAACGCUGUAGAGGGAAUCAGAUCUGUGCUAGAUGCGCGAACCUCUACCACGAAGGAGAGUGUUCAACACCAGUAGUGUGUGUGAACUGUCGUCAAAAUCACCACGCUCUCUCAAAAGAAUGUCCCAUAUUCCAAGACGAACUUGAGAUCCAGAAGCUAAGAGUAACUGAGAAAAUCUCUAUCCGUGAAGCCACCCGUAAACGACGACUUCAAGUUCCGCAUCCUAUCCCACACCGAUUGACUAGAAGUUUUGCUGAUGUUACCCAACACAUGGUCACCGAGAAAGCGAGACCCGAAGGUGCUGCUGCAAUUGUUGUGGCUACUACUACAGACGCUGCUGCCCAUUCAUCCAACAAAACCGAAUUAACAAUUAAUCCGAACAACAAAGCCGGAGAUACUGAUAUGGCCGAGAACUCUAUCGGCUCAGAGAGAGAACUUCCGAUAAGAACAACUCCUACAAAACAAAGAAACGAAGGUAAACUAACACCACUAACAUCAAAGGACAAUACUAAUUUAACUGAAGUGAAUGAAACAAAUAUGUUGCAAAAUAACAGUCAAUCCUCCAUUUCGGUGCGAACGGAGAGUGAUGCUGGAGAAACAACGACCCCUCUGGUGACGGUGACGGUGGAGGCGCGCGAAUCGGAAAUCGAUUCGAUACGCCUUAUGCUGCGAGAUUUUGGCCGGUUGGAUAUGUACAAACCUCUCGCCGCUGCCACGACACUCUCCCCGGUGAUGGAUGUGAAACUGAUGGAUUGA